GCCACUUGGAGCUGAAUCAACCACUUUUCUGCUUCGACACUUUUGCAAGAUUCCAAGCACAGCCGCGGCCAUGGGCGGACGCAGCCUCUGGGAGCUGUGGCUGCUGGUGGCGAUCUUGCUGGGUUGCGCCGGAGCGCUGGAACAGAGCGAAGCUCCGCCGCGGCCGGAAGGGCGAAGAGAGCUGAGCCUCGCUCCCUCCUGGCCGAGCGUGGGUCCGACCGCAGGCGGACUGCACCGGGGCGCAAGUGGCGGCGGCGGCGGCGCCUCCAACGCCUCCAGCGCCCAGUACCCCAUGUGCACCGGGAGAACGACGAUCGCCAAGACGUUCAAGUACAUCAACACGGUGGUGGCUUGCCUGGUCUUCGUGCUGGGCAUCAUCGGCAACUCUACGUUGCUCAGGAUCAUCUACAAGAACAAAUGCAUGCGGAACGGGCCCAACAUCCUCAUCGCCAGCCUGGCGCUGGGGGACCUGCUUCUCAUCAUCAUCGACAUCCCCAUCAACUUGUACAGGCUUCAUGCAGAAAUCUGGCCUUUUGGAGUUGAAAUAUGUAAAUUGGUCCCCUUCAUUCAAAAGACAUCGCUGGGCAUCACAGUGUUAAGUUUAUGUGCUCUCAGCAUUGAUAGGUAUCGGGCAGUAGCUUCAUGGAGCCGUAUCAAGGGAAUUGGCGUGCCGAAGUGGACAGCAGUUGAAAUCAUAUUGAUCUGGGUCAUGUCUGUUGUUUUAGCUGUUCCUGAAGCUAUAGGCUUUGAUCUUUAUCCUUUAAACUACAAGACACAGAAUCUUACAGUUUGUCUACUUAGUCCCCAGCAAAAAACACCUUUCAUGCAGUUUUACAGGAAAAAUAAAGAUUGGUGGCUCUUUAGCUUUUAUUUCUGCCUGCCCCUGGCAAUCACUGCUCUCUUUUAUACUUUGAUGACCUGUGAGAUGUUACGAAAGAAGAGUGGGAUGCAGAUUGCUUUAAAUGACCACUUAAAACAGAGACGUGAAGUGGCCAAAACUGUGUUCUGCUUAGUGCUUGUCUUUGCAUUAUGUUGGCUCCCUCUUCAUCUCAGUAGGAUAUUGAAGCUCACGCUUUAUGAUCAGCAUGACCCAAAUAGAUGUGAAUUUUUGAGCUUUUUGGUUGUGUUGGACUACAUUGGCAUCAGCAUGGCAUCUCUGAAUUCCUGCAUUAAUCCCAUUGCUCUCUAUUUGGUGAGCAAAAGGUUCAAGAACUGCUUCAAGUCAUGUCUGUGUUGCUGGUGUCAGUCCAAAGAUAUGCUAUCCCUGGAAGAGAAACAGUCCUGCUUAAAGUUCAGAGCCAACGAUCACGGAUAUGACAAUUUCCGUUCCAGUAACAAGUACAGCUCAUCUUAAGCAAGAGUGCAUACACUCAAUUCUUGAGUUAUCUUUCUUAGCGUGGGUGAUGAGGACUGUUUUUAUAGACCGCAGAUUUGGGGGAGGGGGGAGAAGCAAGUUUGAGGUUUGUGGAAAAAACGUACAGCCUCAAUUCACAGUCUGUUCCAAUUGUAAUUAUGCAUGGUGCCUGUAACUGUUCAAAUGCAUGAAGAUCACCUGGAGAAGCAAACAAAAGGAACCCGUUUUUAAAGCACUUAAACUCUUCGGAUUGAGCACUUCCAGAUCAUCCUGAAAUCCUAUAAAUGAAAUAACUGUGUAUUCAAUGAAGUAGACCUGGGAGCCUGAGUAAUAAUUCUAUAUAGUAUACUCUGACAAUUCUCAGGACUGUCAGCUUUGUCUAUAAAUCGCUGUAACUUGGGGGGGGGGGGGGAAUACACAGGCAUGUGUGUGUUUGUGUAUGUAUGUGGGUGGGUGUAUGUGGGUUUAUAUACAUGUGCGCGUGUGCGUGUGUGUCUUUCUAUACAAACACACACACAUAUCCCCAUAUCAAAUGUACAGUUUUAUAUCAUGAUGCAUAUAAUGAUAUAUGCAUGACGCACAGAUGAACUAAAUCCCUGUAUUAAGAGUUUUAACUGCAUGGGUGGGAAUAAAAAUUAAAAGGGUGCAGUCAGACUCAAACAAAUUUGUUCUUACUUGCUGUUAGGCAAGAAAAUGUAAGCAUAGCAUCAGGGUGGAGGAGCAGCAGCAACAGUUGAAAGCAAUAAAAUUCUUUUUUUAAAUGCCAGCAGAGUCCUUAAGCCAUGUGUAUGUGACUCGUUAGUUGAAACCGAGCUACGUUUCUCUGAAUGGAGAUUAUGACUAAAACCAAUUUUUCAUCAGAGGAGCAGAAGUUGUGAGCCACAAAGCUAAAUUGCCGGGCAGGCAGAAAACCCAGGAGGCUUAUCGGGGGCGGAGGGAUGGUGAGCCACUUGACAUAACCAGGGUUGUUGAACCACUUUCAGCCCCAGGGUUGAAUUCCAUUUCAGAGAUGCCCUUGGAGGCCAGAUUCCAGUGGUGGGUGGAGCCAAAGGGGUGGAGCACCAAAUACCAGCAUAUUCUAGCUUAAAGCUCUAACAGCCAGUAACGUAGCUUUAGGGGAGGCAUUUCAUCUCUGACGUGGCCAUCUGGGGAAUGCUGGAAUGCCGGAUUGGGACUCCGGGUGCACCAGAUUGGGACCCCAGGCCAGAGGUUCUGCAGCCCCAACAUAAACAGCAGGCUACGCUUGGCAUAGUGAGCCAUAAGUUUGGAAGACCUGCAUUUGUUUGAGGUGAGGACCCAAAAGCUAGAAGAGCAUACAGCAAUGGAGCGCAAUGCAUCUUUGGAGACAGAUUUUUCUUUCCCUAGGGGAAAAUAUAUGUUUACCGGCUGUGCUUGAGAAAUAACAGUAUGCAAGCAGGGAUGGCUUAAUGGCUUCUACACAGCUUUCACCUGCCCCUUGUCCUCCUCAAGAUGCUUUUAUUUUACCCUGAACACCUCAAGGUUCAGGGCAGCGUUUUGUUGGCCCCACCUUGAGAAAGCCACAGCCUCUCCCUUGCAGCAACAACCUCUGACUAAAGCUGGAGUAACCAGACAUCACCCACUACUACUCUGGAGCUCUUCAAAAGGAGCAAGCAGCCCUUUGGGAUGCUACCAUAGUGCUACCAUAUUACCAUAUUGCUUCCCUUACUGUGAAGAUGUGGGGGUGUGGGGUGGGGAGGUGAUUCCCAUGGAAAAGCUCAGAAGCAGGAAAGGUGGCUAAACAAGACUUGAGUGGGUUGGCAUGGGUCUUCAAUGCCCUGCCUACCACUUUGCUCCUCCCCAGGGUUUGCAAAACGAGGCCACAUUAUACAAAGUAGCAAACAUCACAGAAUAAAUUCUGUCAAUUUUCAUAAUUUAUGCAAGCCACUAAAUUUACUUCCUCUUUCUGUCCUCCCAAUAGAAUUUGGAUUGUGUGAGUGUAAGAUUUUUUUUCUUAGGGUGUAACACACAGCCCUGAAUAUGCCACCUCCCAAAUUUCAGAUGUUUGCCAACCCCGGUAUAGAUGAGAGUAUAGCUCUUCUCCAGAGGGUGCUUCCAGACAGAGGGUUCCUAGCGCCAACACUCAAAACUCAUUGUGUAGCUUUUCCAUCUUUCUUUUUCCUUAGUGCAUCUUUUUUUCUUGUAAGGAAAAAAAGAUGGGGAAAGUGGGGGGGAAACACGGGAGGGGCCAACAAAUGGAAUACAACGACGUCAGGAUCUCUCUUAAAAUUUCAUGAAUGAGGCAGUCAAGCCCUCGUCUUGAAGCACCCUCGGCAAUGCUUUCCUACAUGUGGCAAGAGGUCACCUUUGCUAUUGCUAUAGCAGAGGAAGUACCCAUCUAUUCACAGCUGCCAUUAGUGGCCAUUGGAGUUGUGUGUAUUCAAAGCGUUUGUGGAUCCCACCCUUGACUUUGACUGAUGUUCUUAGGGGCAUUUAGUCCUCCUUUUGUAAAUACUCCAGCUGAGACAUAACUAAACCUAGAGUAGUACGUGAUAAAAUAUGGGCAGGCCCUGGUAUUAACAAGAGAAAGAGAAGCAUGUGCUCAUAAUAAACACAAUGUGGGUUGCCUGGGGCAGGUCACAUUUUUGUGUGCACAACAGAGAUAGAUGAUUACUUUGUAACUUAACAUAGAUGUAAACUUAUUUUCAAUGCUAAAAACUAUUAAAGUUGUUUUGAGCGAUACAGGCUCAGAGCUGGAAAGCCUAUAUUUGAACUUCAAGACCAUCAGUCCCCUUAUACUGCAGCAGGAUCCACUGUCACAAAAGCAUCCCUGGCUGGCCCUAUCACAAGGUACAGCCAUCCCAGGUAGCAGAUUUGGGGCAUUAUUAAAGGAUGGUAAAUUUCCAGAAUGUUGUUAUUACUUUACCAUGGAGGAGUGCAGAGUUGACUUCAUGGUCGCAAAAUGCCUUGGACUGCCCCAAUAAUAAUAACAACAAUAACAAUAAUAUUUUUUGCCAUGAAGUGCCUUUAAAAUUAUGAGAUUGGAUGUCUUCAUUGGUUUCAAUGAAACUAUGCCAAUUUAUAACCUGUUGGGAACGUCAUUUAGGAUGCAAUUCUAAAUUGUGCAGUAGGGAGUAAUCCUCCAUUGAUCACGGAAGGCGUUUCAAAUGGCUUUCGUCCUCAGUGUGUUUUACCAUGUAUAGUGGGGAGGUGGGAGCAUUACACCAUUACACCUCUGCUGCCCUCAUCGCUUUGAGCUCAUAACACCACCUAUUUGUGGCAUUAAAUAAAACUAUGAUGAAAUAAUUGUGGGUUGUUUUCUAUCAUUCUCGAAAAAUGGAAAUUAGGAUGAAAAACUACUGUGUAAGGAAUCAAAGGUCUUGUGGUCCUAGAUCUCAGUAGCUUGAAUGGUAUAACAGUGAUUAAUAUGCAGUACACGUUUUAUUUAUGCUCAAAAAUGGCAAACUAAAGUGUCCGGAUGAAUGUCCUAGAUGUCAUUUGAAUGACUUCAGCCAUGUUCUUGAAGAACUACAUGUAGCCCCCACCCCACCCCACCCACGCACCCCACACUGCUUUCACCUUAAUCUUAUUGUGCUAUUUAGCAGUUUGACUGAGGUGAAAAGUAUUAAUGCUGGCACUGCUGAUCACUGAUAGUAGAGUAGUAUUUUUAUGCUGCAAUCCUAUACUCACUCACCUGAGAGUAAGCCCCAUUAAACUCAAUGGUGCUUACCUCUGAGGAGACACAGACAUAGGAUUGUACCAUCCAUUUCCAACAUUAAUGCGUAACCAAAUAAACUGUCAAGUUGAAUCUGCUUAAUAUUACUGCUAUUGUUUAUAGCAUUACAGUACUGUAUGUAUAUGAUAUUUGUAAUUCUAUUUAAAAUGUAGUUUUCUUAUGGGGGUAUUUUUCUCCCCUCUAUGAGUUGAUUGUUACGUGGAGACCUCUAAGACUGUUUCACACUUUACUAAAUUCCUCUGUGGAAAGCAUCUUGUAUAGAUCCUAAAAUGUGACAAUCCAGUGCAUGGGGUUUUUUUUACAAAUUGCCUUCUGUAUAGAAAUGUGGUCAUAUGUGAAGUAUAUCUUAGCCAAACAUAUAUUACAGACACAGAGCAUAUAUGCUCCAUAAUUUUUAGACAAUUGUGCAUACUAAGUAUAUAAUUCUCACAUUUUUUCAAGUAUUUAAGAAUAGUAAUUUUUCCACAAACUCUUAAUUUAACCAAGCAAUAAUGUAAGCCAAUUAAAGUUGCCAGUGUUUUCACAGGUUUUCACUUGUGCCUUUAAGAGUAGCUUGACAUGCAGAUAUUAGCAAGUGGUGAUGGUUAUCUCCAUGCUGCCAAAAGCACCACUGUGGAUUCCUGCAGAUCAAACUGCUGAUCCAGGCAACUGUCCAGGAUGGUGUUUUUUCCUUAUCAGUUGGCAACCCUAAUGCUGAUAGGCAGGUGAGUAAUAAGAUGAGCCUAGAAGUAAGUUUAAAAGCUAAAGCAGUCAUAAUAAAGUAGUACCUGUUACAUAUUGUCAGAUAUUUUCUGAAAAGAUGCAAACUUAAGGUAACUUUACAGAUGAAUACAUAGUCAGAAAGAGGCCCCUGCCUUUUUAACUUGGUGCUAUUUUGGUGUCCUGGCUUCGGAUUCAGAGUUCUAUCCAAACCAUUGGACCUCACUGUGCUUAUUUUGCAUACUUCAACUCAAUUGUCUCAGACUGUACUUUUUGCAUUCCUUUGCCAUUUGACCCAGCGUGUGUGUGAGUGUUUGUAACAUCGCAAACAUUGAUUGGAUAAAUAGUGCCGUGUAAAUUUUCAUUCAGUUUCAUCUUUCUAAAGGAUAACAGACACACAAAGUGGUGUGGCAUGGUUCUUGUUCUGAUAUCAACCCCCAUUUCUUCAUCUCGGCUGAGUGGGUACAUCCAUGGAUUGAUUUGUACUGCUUCUCUUACCAGUUUUACAUCAAAUUAGGCUGCUUGUUGUAGCUAAUUCCCCUUUUUUAGUGAUAAGUUUUAUGAACAUUUAAAGUAUCUGUAUUUUUGCUUUUUAUGAUUACUUAAAAAUAACCAUUAGUGUUACUACAAUGUAAACAAAUUGAAUUCUGAAUAAAGAUGCUUGUAAAUUG